AUGGACAAAGCGGAGCAACAAAACGACUUCGAGCAGGAGCUGCGACGACGACGAAAAGCGGAAAAACUACUCGCAAAAAAAGCAGCCGCCAGGGAGGCCCAAAAUCAACAGUAUAAAGAUCACCUGCGGCGGGAGCGGGCGUUUUCGGACCAGACGCAGAGGAAAUUUUUCGAUAGCUGGGAAACCCUCUGCACGCAGGUGAAAUGCGAGCAGCUGGUGGAGGAGUUGCGCCAGCAGCAGCAGUGCUUCGGGACGGUGUUCGAUCGCAAAAACGGGUGCAUCGAUCGAUUGCUUGCGGUUCGCGACGAGAUUGGCGAAAUUCAUAGCAAGUGUCUUGGGCGGUUGAGGAACAUAAUUGAUUACUUCAUUCGUCUCAAGGAUUUCCUAACUGCAACGAUGCUCGAACGUUAUGAAGCCGAUUGUCUAAAACUCCUCAUGGAUUUUCGUGAAGAAGCUGCAUCCAAAGAAUACCACGCUUGUUCACAGAUGGAGAUCCUGGAUGCUUCGCUUGAAGAACUGUUGCAAAAAAUGAAACAAGAUGAAAAGGCCGGUAGCGAUUGGCUGCUCGAGCAAACUAAUAUUAAUAAAUGUGCGCAAAUUGAAAGGCGUGAAAUUAUGCGCGAUAAGAAAUACAAGGAAAUGGACGACCUCUACUGCCAGCUGAGAACGACACUCGACGGAUACUUUCGGACCGUGCUGUUCCCGGAGCGAAAGCAAAGCUACGACCGGCUCCUCUACUACACUCAGCUCGAGCAGCAGGGCAUCGAAAAGCGUCGCUGCCAAAUCGCCGUCGCCCAGCUGAAGAAAACGCAACUCGAGCAUACCCUCGCCCUGGUUCGCAUCGGCGGAAGGAGACGACUGCGCACGCAACACAACUAUCGCCGACUGCUCGAGCAUAAGCUAAGCGUUCUGAAGGAGAAGCACCAACGGUUGGACGAGGAUCAUCAAAUGCGCCUCAAGCAAACGUGCUCCAUCACCCAUCGCAUCCUGCAAAUCCUUAGCGAGCACCUUUCGUGGGGUGAAAAGAUCGCCAAACUGGCGGCGAUCUGCGCCCAAUACGAAACCGAACAAGAUCAGCAGUUCGCGUGCAAGUGGUUCCGGGACGGGACCGGCGAAACAGACCUCGACAUCGAGGAUCCUCGAUAUUUCGAGUACUUGAUGCACAAGAUCAAUCGCGUCGAGGCGAUUGCCAUUAUUCUGCGCGAGGAAAAGGUUGCGUUGGAGCGCGAAAACGAUGCGCUCAGGGUGAAAUUCAAAACCUUCUGCAAGCAACACAAAACCACUGACCCGGAAGAGCUGCUCCUGUGCGGUCAAGAAGUGAUGCCUGAGUCAUAA